AUGAGAGAAGUAAUUUCGUUACACAUCGGCCAAGCCGGGAUCCAAACCGGGAACUCGUGCUGGGAACUGUUCUGUUUAGAACACGGCAUAGGUCCGGAUGGGCAAAUGCCGGAAGACCAGCACGGUCAGCACCAAAACGACGACGCGUUUUCGACGUUUUUCUCCGAAACUGGAGCCGGGAAGCACGUUCCGAGAGCGGUCUUUUUGGAUCUCGAACCGACCGUCAUCGACGAGGUGAGAACGGGGACGUACAGACAAUUGUUCCACCCGGAACAGUUGAUUUCCGGCAAGGAAGAUGCCGCGAAUAACUUUGCCAGAGGGCAUUACACCAUUGGUAAGGAAAUGGUGGACGUGGCGUUGGACAGAAUUCGAAAGUUGGCGGAUAAUUGCACGGGAUUGCAAGGCUUUUUGGUCUUCAACGCCGUCGGCGGCGGGACCGGUUCCGGUUUGGGAUCUUUGCUUUUAGAACGAUUGUCGGUGGAUUACGGGAAGAAAUCAAAGUUAGGUUUCACGAUUUAUCCGUCGCCGCAAGUCUCUACCGCGGUGGUUGAACCGUAUAACUCGGUUUUGAGCACGCACGCGUUGUUGGAACACACCGACGUGACGGUGAUGUUGGACAACGAAGCCGUGUAUGAUAUUUGCAGAAGAUCUUUGGACAUUGAAAGACCGACGUAUACGAACUUGAACAGAUUGUUAGCGCAAGUGAUUUCGUCGUUGACGGCGAGUUUACGAUUUGAUGGCGCGUUGAACGUGGACGUGACGGAGUUUCAAACCAACUUGGUGCCGUACCCGAGAAUUCACUUCAUGUUGUCCUCUUACGCGCCGGUUAUUUCCGCGGAAAAAGCCUACCACGAACAGUUGUCGGUGGCGGAAAUCACAAACUCCGCGUUUGAACCGCAAGCGAUGAUGGCCAAGUGCGACCCGAGACACGGCAAAUACAUGGCGUGCUGUUUGAUGUACAGAGGCGACGUCGUCCCGAAGGAUGUCAACGCCGCCGUCGCUUCCAUUAAGACGAAACGAACCAUUCAGUUCGUCGAUUGGUGCCCGACUGGUUUCAAGUGCGGCAUCAACUACCAACCGCCAUCGGUCGUCCCGGGUGGUGAUUUGGCGAAAGUCCAAAGAGCCGUCUGCAUGAUUUCCAACUCUACGGCCAUCGCCGAAGUCUUCUCCAGACUCGACCACAAGUUUGACUUGAUGUAUAGCAAGAGAGCGUUUGUCCACUGGUACGUCGGAGAAGGCAUGGAAGAAGGCGAGUUCUCCGAAGCGAGAGAAGACUUGGCAGCUUUGGAAAAAGAUUACGCGGAAGUCGGCGCGGAGUCUGCGGAUGGCGAAGAGUACGAAGAGGAAUACUAA